AUGUCGGAUGAAGAGGCUGUUGAUGUAAUGCCUGCUAUUCGCAAGGCAUGUGAACCCAAAUGUGAGCAACCUUUUAAUGCCUACCGGGCUUGUCUGGAUCGCGUCAAGGCAAAGGGCGUUGGUUCGUGUGAUGGUCAAUACUUUGAUUUCUUGCACUGCAUUGACAAAUGUUCCGUUCCACAGAUCAUGAAGCAUUUGAAGUAA